UGGAACCGAAGAAGGAAAUCACUUUUGUACAAAAAGAGAAAGUAAACAGGGGGAGGAGGCCAUCCAGAAGGCUUAAACAACAAGCCUUGCCAAUAAAGUCAAAGGAGGACAUGGCUAUAAAAGAAUCUCAAAACAUGAAUGAUCUACUCUCACUUCUCACUACUACGUCUGAGAACAUUACAAGAUCUGGAAAACAGGUAAUUUUUGAUAUUUUCAAGCUGAACAUUGUAGCUCACAAAGAAAUCACUGGGCGCCAGCAGUACAGUUCAAGGUAAAAAUGCAGCUUGAAGCACUGAAUUUCUACACAGAGUGAGCCAGGCUCCCAGUCAUAUCAAAUUUGUGGAUAAGUGCCAACAACUCAGAAAUUUGGUCAAAGAAGGAAGAAGCAAGACUAGAGCUGAGUCUAGAAAGCCAAUUAUAAAGAAAACUAUGAUCAAAAUGUUCCCUAACUUCAAACCAUUGAUUAAAACAGGGAAUAAGGAAACUACAGAUGAUAUCUUAAAAGAAAUUAAAUAGAGCUGAAAAUUACUACAAAGCUAUGGACUAUGAUCUUAAAAUCCAAAUCGGAGCUAAAAAGCUCCAAAACUCUGGCUCAAAUCUGCGCAAGGCUAGCCCAGUGUCUUCUCGUCAUCCCUCUACUAAAGCUGGGCGUAGAAGUUCUCAAAACCCUCAUCCUUUAAGCCCAAGAAAGUCUUCAGAUCCUUUGAAAAAUUGCUUUUCCUCAGAAAUGCAGAAGCUCAGAAGGAAUAACAGGAGAAAAUCUGUGCCUAAGAAGAGUCCAAUCCGGAGUCAGAAAAAAAAACAGUCAGAAUGAUGCAUUGACAGAGAAAAGUUCUCGCUCUUUACUAUGACUGAAAAAGAGAAAGUGCAGAUGAGAAAAGAUCUCUAUUCUCCGAUUUUUCAUAAAUCUGCUACUUAUAGAAUGCUUGAGAGAGAGUCAAGGAGUGAAACAACUUAUGGUCAUUCAGAAAUGGAAGCUGCAAGAAAGCAAAAAUCAUCUCUACACAUGAUCCUCAGAGGAAUGUCAAGAUACAGGCCACGUAGAGGGUUCACGACCCAUUCAGGCCACCGUUAAUCCUUAAAAUUCACCAGGAUUGUUCAA